UAAGGUACAUUGAUGUUGUCUCGGUAUCCGAAUUUAAUCUGGGCCGGGUCUUCCCCCAAAUCGAAAAGCACGAAUUUUCAACCCUAGCCUCUUUCGAAAUUUCCCCCAAUUUAUUUUUUUUCGUCGAUUCGCGUUCAGAUCUCUUCCUUCUUCCAGAUCUAUCUUCAAAUCAAUUGUACAAAAAAAUAUGGGUUUAAAGCGCACUUUUGAAGCUGAGGAUGUGCAAGAGCUCAACAUGAAGGAUGCAAAAGAGAUUAGUUAUUGCAAUAAGCUGGCCAAACUAGAUGAUGGAGUUCCAUAUCAUGUUUCAUUGGAGAAGUCAGGUGUUGUCAUAGGAGAGGAUCUAAGUGGUCUCUACGGGUUUGAAUGGGAAGAUAAUGUUGAGAAGGGGUUAGAUACCAACGCACCUUUCUCUUGGAUCACAUCUGAGGAGGAUGCUACGACUCAGUCAACCCUUUCUCACGAAUCUCCCGAGUCAGAUGUCCUCUGGAGACCAGUGUCUCCAGCAGACGAUGUUGAUUGGUGUGAGAAUUCUCCUAGAAAACAAGUUCCAAUCGGGUCCGAUUACCAGGCUGAUAUUCCUGAAUGCGUCAAGGAAGAAGUCAGUGAAGAACAAGUGAUGGGGAAGUGCGUCAUUCCAAUGCCUGACCGUGAAACCGACUUCUUCGAAAUCGGUAAAGGAAGAAAGGAAUGCGUUUGCGUGGAUAAAGGCUCCAUCAGAUGCGUGCAGCAACACAUAAUGGAAAACAGAGAAGGCUUGUUUGAAACUGUCGGAUACGAAAAAUGUCUGAGCAUAGGUCUCGGUGAAAUGGGUGAGGAAGUCGCUGGUAAACUAACUGAAGACGAGGAAGACCUGUUUCACGAGGUUGUUUACUCCAACCCUGUUUCACUUGACCGUGAUUUCUGGAAACAACUAAAGUCUGCGUUUCCUACACGGACCAUGAAGGAGAUUGUGAGCUAUUAUUUCAACGUCUUCAUUCUUCGAAGACGAGCUGUUCAGAAUCGUUCUAGAAGCCUGGACAUUGAUAGCGACGAUGACGAGUGGCAAGUGGAGUAUGAUAACACGUUUUAUGGCUCUCAAACUCAAGAUGAGAGAACCGGAAUAAGCUUAUCAGGAGAUGAAGAGGAAGAGGUGAAUGUUGAAGAAGAUUCGUGCACGUCCGAUGACUUCCUCCAGUCCAAUGUAAACAGAGAAGAAUCCGAUGUUGGGAAGCACUGGCGCCACUGCAGUGAUUUGUUGGAAGAUCAGUCAUAUUCAUUUGAUCCUUGUUGGAGUAAGAACAUUGAUCUUCUUCCAACUUCCAACAUCCUCGACGAGAUCUUUGGUCAACAAGACCCAUGGGAUGAUUUCUCUAGGGGAAGAAAGUAAAUGAGUAACGGUAUCAAAUCUCCCCAUUGUUACUAUGCUUUAGUUCUGAAUCUUGUGUAUGUGUAAAUGCGUUAUUUAAGAGCAUCCUCCAAGCUGGAUGUUGUAAGAGAGUUCUCUGUAGUUGGAGUCUUUUUUUUUUGUAUUUUUUAUACUUUAGAUUAUUUGUAAUUUACCUUUCUAAAUCAGAUUUAGAAUAUCUUGUAAGAAGAA